AUGACCAAUUUCCUACCACGGCCUGGCAGUCUUGCAAGGAGGUCCCGACCUGUUGCUGAAUGUGCUCUCUGCACCGGAAGCUCUCUAUCAACUGUCUCGAGGUCAAGGAUACCUUCACGCCUCCCUAAAUCCUACGUUCGGCGUUAUGCGACAGUGAAUGAUGAUGAUCCGAAGCCUGACAAAAAUACCAAGGAUGCUCAAGUGGCCAAUAGAUCGAGCAAGGAUGGAGAGAAGAAGAUUGCUGACUCGGCGAGCAAAAUACCUGGGAAACCACCACCAGGCUUUGAAGAAACUUUUGAUAAGAACAACAGGUCCAGCCCACUUUCGGCUCCAUCUGGCGGCUCGGAGCCAGAUAAACACGACACGGCCAAGCCUCCACCAGGCUUUGCUCCUAUGGAUGAGCGAGAGAUGCAAGUCCUUGACACGAUUGCACAAUCAGUGAAAAAGGGUCUUCCACAAUCGCAAACAAAAAUAAUUGACGAUGCCAUUGAUAUGAUCAAGAGAGGCGGAGUGCCAAACGAGUUACGGGAGAUCAUGAAUGAGAAGAUGAACAAUCCUAAUUUCAAGAUGGAUCUUGCUACAGCGGCCAAGCUCGUUCGCGUGUUCACUAAGAUGUCGCGAAUGAAUGUUCAACAGAUAAUGGCCCAUCUUGAAAAAGAGCAGAAUGGGAAGAAGGAGAAGGACGAGGGUGAGCCAGCUUUCAAGCAGUCAUACAGCCAGAAGGGCAAAGGCGGGCAGCAGAAAGGACCAGAUCCUUCCAAAAUCAGAAUUGGCGAGUUCAAGCUCGAUACCGGGACUUUCCUCAUCUCCGCUUUCCUCUCCUACUACCUCUACCGCAGUCUCUAUCCAGGCGAAAGCUCUCGGGACAUUACAUGGCAAGAGUUCCGGACGACCUUCUUGGAUAAAGGCCUGGUCGAUAAGCUUACUGUCAUCAAUCGCAAUAAGGUGCGCGUUGAGCUACAUCGAGAAGCUGUAGCCAACAUGUACCCAGAGUCACCCGCUGUGCGAGCCAAUUUCUACUACUACUUCACGAUUGGCUCCGUCGAAGCGUUUGAGAGGCGACUGGAUGAAGCUCACCAGGAACUUGGCAUUCCCAGUUCUGAAAGGAUACCUGUCGCGUAUAUUGACGAAGUACCUCUCUCUGCAGCAUUCUUCUCUUUUGGACCUACCUUGUUGUUCGUAGCUGCUCUUUUUUAUUUUUCGCGACGUGCUGCAUCCGGCGCGGGCGGCCAAAGUGGCAUUUUCGGCAUUGGCAAGUCAAGGGCAAAACGCUUCAAUCACGAAACCGACAUCAAGACCAAGUUUUCAGAUGUUGCUGGUAUGGAUGAAGCAAAACUCGAAAUCAUGGAGUUUGUGUCGUUUUUGAAGGAUCCGACCAAAUAUCAAAGUUUAGGCGCCAAAAUCCCUCGUGGUGCGAUUUUAUCAGGCCCACCUGGUACCGGUAAGACACUUCUUGCCAAAGCAACGGCAGGUGAAUCCGGAGUACCGUUUUACUCGGUCUCGGGUUCGGAGUUUGUCGAAAUGUUUGUGGGGGUUGGGCCGUCGAGAGUGCGAGACCUAUUUUCGAAUGCUCGCAAGAAUACCCCAUGUAUCAUAUUUAUCGAUGAGAUCGAUGCCAUUGGAAAGUCCCGUGCGAAGCAGAAUUUCGGAGGCGGCAACGAUGAGAGGGAGAGUACACUAAAUCAAAUCCUCACCGAAAUGGAUGGCUUUAAUACUUCGGAGCAAGUUGUCGUGUUGGCUGGCACUAACAGACCCGAUGUGCUCGACAAAGCUCUUAUGCGACCUGGCCGCUUUGACAGGCAUAUUUCCAUCGACCGACCCACAAUGGAUGGAAGAAAACAGAUCUUCCUGGUUCAUCUGAAGAAGAUCGUGACUAGUGUCAACAUGGACUAUUUAACAGGUCGUUUGUCUGCACUUACACCCGGCUUUUCCGGCGCUGAUAUUGCGAAUUGUGUUAAUGAGGCUGCUCUUAUCGCUGCCAGAGCGAAUGCAACGGCUGUCGAAAUGACACAUUUUGAACAAGCCAUUGAGCGCGUGAUUGGCGGCUUGGAGAAGAAAUCUCUUGUGCUUACACCCGAAGAGAAGAAAACCGUUGCUUAUCAUGAGGCCGGUCACGCCAUUUGUGGCUGGUUUUUCAAAUAUGCCGACCCCCUCCUUAAGGUUAGCAUUAUUCCACGUGGCCAAGGCGCAUUAGGGUACGCCCAGUACCUCCCUGCUGGCGGUGGCGACGUCUACCUGAUGAACGUCAAGCAAUUGAUGGAUCGCAUGGCCAUGACCCUUGGUGGUCGCGUCUCCGAGGAAUUAUGGUUCGACACUGUCACCAGCGGAGCAAGCGAUGACUUCAACAAGGUCACCCGAAUGGCAACCGCCAUGGUGACCGAAUGGGGCAUGAGUCAGAAGAUCGGGUAUCUCAACUACAAGGACGACGAGCAGCGUCUGCACAAGCCCUUCUCGGAGGAAACCGCCCGCAACAUCGACUCUGAAGUGCGAAGAAUCGUCGACGAGGCUUACAAACAAUGUAAAGAUCUGUUAGAGGAGAAGAAGGACCAACUCCAGGCCGUGGCAGAGGAGCUGCUCAAGAAGGAAAUGCUGGUCCGGGACGAUCUGGUCAGGAUACUGGGCAAGCGGCCAUUUGAGGAUCGAGGUGAUUUUCACAAGUACUUUGAUAACCAGGAGGGCAAGAGUGCUCCUCCGCCACCUCCAACGGAGGGAACGGAAGGCGCCGGCCCAGAGAUCCCGGCUCCAGCUUUCAGACAGCACGAUGUUAGAGGGUAG